UUCCGAGUCCGUAGAGAGCGGCCCUAACCCCGUGGGAGGUCGAGCACGUCUGGUUUUCGUCUUCGGACGAAACUAACCUUGAAAAUACCCCCUUUUCGAUAUAAUAUCGUGUUGUUUUUUAUAUUCAGUGUUGAAUUAAAGUUUACGGGCGAUAAAAUCGACGAAAUUAAUAUCGACAUAUACGAUGUCCAUAUUUGCGAGGCGAAUACUUUCAUCUAAUUUCUCGAGGGAAUGGCAGUGUUUGCGACCUGCAGUCUGUAAUACUUAUCUUAGACGAUAUCGAUUGUCAACUCAGUCUGAACCGAACAAAGAGGAAUCCGAUUUGUCCAAUGUCCAAUUGGGAAGCUCGGAGAUUCCAACGAUAGAUCCACUGAUGCAUCCAGAUUUCUUCCAAGUACAUAAGUUGUUCACUGUAAAGGAUCUGUAUGAUGCACGAGUGCACUAUGGCCACAAGGAGACCUCAUUGAACGAGCACAUGGAGACAUUCAUAUUCGGCUCGCGGCUGGGCCACCUGAUAAUCGACCUAGAUCAGACCGCCGAGUUGCUGCGACAAGCAUUGAACUUUAUCGCCCAUAUCGCCUUCCGUGGUGGUAUAAUCCUGUUCAUCUCGCGCAAUCCACAGAUCACGCAUGUGGUGGAUCAGACGGCCAAGGAGUGCAAGGAGUUCUCACAGACGAGGCAUUGGCGACCGGGCCUGUUCCCCAACUCGCAGAACUCGUUUAAGGCAACGACGCGGCUACCGGACCUGUGCAUCUUUCUCGGCACCCUCGACACCGUCAUGGCUGAACAUGUGGCGGUGAGGCAUGCGGCGAAAAUGUGCAUACCCAGCGUUGGCAUAGUCGACACAAACUGCAAUCCGAAUCUUAUAACGUAUCCCGUGCCUGGAAACGACGACUCCCCGUGCGCCAUUGAGCUCUACUGUUCAUUAUUCAAGGAAGCUAUUCUAAGAGGGAAAAGGGCUAGAGAACGACUGAUGCAAUCUGCGGAUGAACAUAAUUUUAACGAGUAAUUUACGAUUAAAUAAACUUGUAAAAAAAUGAAAACGUGUACAUAAAUAAACGUAAAAAAAUAUACAGUAGAUCAAAGU